GCCCAGGGCGGCGCCUUCGUCCCUGCUGUGACGGUGGUGGGCCGUUCAUUUACGAGGAGAAAAACACUGGCAGUGGCGCUGUCGGUGCUGGGGUCCAGCGUGGCCUCCAUUGUCAUCCCGCCCUUGGCAAGAUUCUUAAACAAUAAAUACGGCUUUACGGGCUGCUUCCUGAUAUUAUCCGGACUUGAGGUGAACAUGAUUGUAGCU